AUGCUGUCCUCUCCUGAUGUGAUGACAUGCUCACGGACCUGCUCCCGCAUCCUGGGGCUGAGCCUCGGGACUACUGCCCUGUUUGCUGCUGGAGCAAACUUGGUGCUCCUCUUCCCUAACUGGGAUGUGACCUACCUGUUGAGGGGCCUUAUUGGCAGGCAUGCCAUGCUGGGCUCUGGGCUCUGGGGAGGAGGACUCAUGGUACUCACUGCAGCUACCCUCAUCUCCUUCAUAGGCUGGAGAUAUGGCUGCUUCAGUAAGAGUGGGCCCUGCCGAAGUACGUUCACUGCUCUGCUGUCCGGUAGCCUGGCUUUUCUUGGAGCCUUGAUUUGCUUUAUCACUUCUGGAGUAGCCCUGAAAGAUGGUCCAUUUUGCAUGUUUGAUGCCUCAUCCUUCAAUCAGACACAAUUUUGGAAAUAUGGUUACCCAUUCCAAGACUUGCAUAACAGGAAUUAUUUGUAUGAUGACUCCCUCUGGAACUCUGUGUGUCUGGAGCCUUCUAAAGCUGUCAUUUGGCACGUGUCCUUUUUCUCCAUACUCCUAUGCAUCAGCCUCCUCCAGAUUCUCUUGGUGGUCAUUCAUUUUUUCAACAGCUUCCUGAGUCUUUUCUGCAGCCUUUGUGACAAGUGAUAGGGAAUGUCCUUUCACGCGUGAGAGUUUUCCUCAGAACAGACCUUGAAUCUCUUCUGCAGAAUGGAUUAUAAACAAACUUUCCUUUUAGGUAUUCCUGUAGUGAUAAUAGCGGCAAUGAUUCCUUGCACUUGUGUUGAGUGAUAUAUGCAUUUUAAAUCACAUUGUAAACUGCAAGAUGAUGUAUCAGUAGAAGGAAUAAUUAGGUCAUUAUUAUUGUGCAGGAACUUACAGUUCAUCAAAUGUCCUCCAGCUGUGAUCUCAUUUCAGCCUCUUAACAACUCCAUAAAACUGGCCACAUGUCACAGAUAUGGAAGUUGAGGCUCCUAGAGCAUAAGGGACUUGCUGCCUAAAAGCACUCACCUGGGUUCAGGUAAAGUCAGCACCUGAGCUCUUAUCUUCUAAAUUCAAGUUCACCGGUUGUUAUGGAUGGAAUUGUGUGUCCUCAAAUCUCAUAGGUAGAAGCCCUAAGCCCCAAUGUGACUAUAUUUGUAGAUAGAACCUUUAAGAAGGUAAUUAAGGUUAAAUGAGGUCAUAAAGGUAGGACCCUAAUCCUUACAAGAAGAGGAUGAGAUACCAGAUCUCUCUUUACACACAAGCACAGUAGAAGAGGCCCUGUGAGGACACUGCCAGAAGGUGGUCACCUGCAAGCCAAGGAGAAGGUCCUCAGUAGAAGCCAGUCUUAUUGGUAUCUUCAUGUUGGGACUUCAAGUCUGAUUUAUUAGAAAAAUAAAUGCAUGUGGUCUUAGACCAUUCAGUCAGUACUAUUUUGUUAUGGCAGCCUGAGCUGAUUAAUUCACCAAUAUUCUCUUCUUUAGUGUUCAGUGCGGUUCAGUAAGUGCUGUACACUGGAGUUUCCACUGUGUGCACAGUGGAUCUAAAGAUGACUGAGGCAUAGUCCUUGACCUAGGACCCUGCCUUGUCCUUGAGGAGUUCAUGAUCAGGGUAGAGGAACAAACACAUCUAUAAAUAAUUUAAAUAUCCUAUGGUGAGGGCCAUGUUAGAGGUCAACAGGACACAGAGAGAGUUCAGAGGAAUAGCGAAACUCCAAGAAGAGGGUCUGUGAGAGAGCAAGGAAGGCACCCCUUGCGUCUGAGCUGGUUCUUGAAACUGCCCAGUGAAGAGGGGAGGAAGUGAUUCCACAGCAGAGGAAACAGCACACUCCGAGGCAUGGAGGGGACCCAUGGGAAGGAGAACUGUGGUGCCACAGCGGUUUCUCACGUGGGACGUGGAGAACAGAGCACCUCUCUUUGUUGCACUUCAAGAUCUUGGUCAGGAGCUAGUGCUGGAUGGUGAGUAGAGUCAGGAGUGGGGUGAAGGAGAUCCGCGCGGGAAAUUCUGAUGGGCAGGGAACAGGAGGAAGCAGGCAGCCUGGGAAGAAAUAGGAAGAUGGGCACUGGCAAGAGAAGAGGUAGUGGACAGGUCCAGCGAACGAGUUAGGGAACCAUGGGCUCUGGAGCCACAGAGGAGACAAAGCCAGGAAGGGAAAGUGUGGGCCCAGUUGUUGUUGUAUCCCCUCCAUGGUCCCCAGGUCAGGGAGGAGCCGCUGAAGCACCCGAUGCCUCCAGAAUACAGGAAUUCCUC